AUGCAUUUUCUGUUGCAGUUAAUUUUGGCCAUAGGCCUUGUGAGUGCGGAGAAAUUGGACCGGACUUAUUUACCUCCACCGGGUGCAAAAUUUUCCGGGGGAAGUCCUGGAGAUAUUCAGACACCAUUGGAAUUCCCUAAGGAGACUUACUCGACAACAUUGAGACCGCAAAGCUUUGGCGACCGGAUCCAUCCAGACCAAUCAGUAAUUGGAAUAAGUCAUGGAUUACCAACAGUACCUCAAGGGGCAGGAAUACCCUCAGAUUUUGGACAUAUUGUUUCAACUUCUAAACCGGCAUAUGACUUACAAAGUUCAUACAAAUUGCCAACAACGACCACAUCUUACGCCUUUUCACAAACUACCACUCACCCUCCUGUGGAAGGCUUAGAAAAUACAGUUGGUCCAUUCGGUCUUGUAACUUCUGGGUUUCCAACAACACCUUUUCCUGACUUCCCAACUACUGCAUCUCGUCUAUUUACGGUACCUCAUUCACAACAAGGAGAGCAAGUUAUUCCAGGAUAUCAAUCAUCCGAGAAUAUUCCACAACCUGGUCAAGUUCCAACCCUUAAUGGUAAUUUACAAUACACAGGCUCAGUAUCUCCAUCUCUAAUGCCUGUUGGACAAUCCAAUAUUGGACUAAACCGCCCUGGCUAUUCUGUAGGUCAGCGUAAUCAAUACCAACAGGCGCAACAACCUAAUGUUAAUAUUCUUCCUGGAUCUAAUGUGCAAGUACCCGGAUCAGUAUCUCAAUUACCUAAUUCAGAAGUUCAAAACUCUAAUCAGUAUCAAGAAUUUUCAACAAGAGUUCCGAAUAUUGGUCAACCUGGUUAUCAAUCCACUAUUCCAACUGCCACGUCGCCUGGAACUACUUAUGGUAAUAAUAUUAAUACUGUUCAAGGUCAAAUUGUACCUGGCAGAAAUAUUCCACAACCGAAUUUGACUAUUGACAAACAAACAAUAACAGGUGAAAGUGAUUUAUCUAGACCUGGCACACAAUUAAUUCAGCGACCUGGACAACAGCAAUACCAAGGUUAUACAGAAGGAAGUUUCCCAUCAGGACAAGAUUUGAAUAGUGGUAGUGGAAAACCUGGGUUUACAGACGGAAGUUUACAACAAAAUAUAUAUACACCUACUUCUACAGUCUCUUCAGUUAGUCAGGUAUCUGAUUUUUCCAGUACACCCGGUUUCCAAACAGGAAGUUCAACGUUACCAGAUGGAUCCCUAUUUUCAGAAACUCCAACAGGUAUUAAUCGCGGAAUCAUUCCAACUGCGUCAGUUAAUCGUCCGGAAAGACCACAAGCAGAAUCCGAUAGAAACGCUAUUAUUCUUAAUUAUGAUAAUACUUUAACACCAGAAGGGGAAUUUGCAUACAGUUUUGAUACUUCAAACGGCAUUCAUGCAGAGGAGAAUGGAACAUCAGUAGAUGGUGUAAAAGCCAAAGGUGGAUAUUCCUAUAUUGGUGAUGAUGGAAAGCUAUACAGUAUCGUAUACUCAGCCGAUGAAAAUGGUUUUCAACCCCAUGGAGAUCAUUUACCAACACCUCCACCAGUACCUGAAGCUAUCCAAAAAGUUAUAGAACAAGCUUACAGAAAUAAAGAAGCUGGAAUAAUCGAUGAUGGAACUUACGAUGAAGACAAAUAUGGACAUAAUAAAUAUCAAGGUAUUAUGAAUCGCCCUUACCGUCCUUAUGGAAUGAAUAAAAAUAUUAACAAAGUUGGAAAUGUAGAAAAUUUAGAUAUAAAUCGUUACAAAGAUGAUGGCGAAAUAACCUCAAUUGAAAGCGAAGAUAAAUACAGUCCUAGUGCCGAAGAAUUUAGUGAAGAUUCAAAAGCCGUUAAUGUAGGCGACAGACGUCGGCCUGGCAGUAUGACGUCCUCUAGACGUCCGGUAACCCACUUAACAGCAGAGAAAGGCGAUGUAGGUAAUCAACAAGUAUAUGAAAAUUUACCUGAAAAUGAAUAUAACCAUCGGAGACCAAUUGACACAAUUCCCCAACGGCGACCUGCAAAUCGUAUCCCAGAAAAUAGUAAAAUUGAGAAUUAUCAAGACAAUAAUUUCAAUACUAACAAAAAAUAUCCUACAGGAGAAGUACCUUCAAGACCUUCUUAUACGAAACAGCCCAUUGAUAUUGAUACAUCUGAUUAUAAGGAAGAUUUUGUGGAUAAUGCAAAUAGUCAAAUAGAUGUUGGAAAUAUGCCCCUAGGACGUCCAUCUAAUCAACAAUACGGUAAUCAGAACUAUAAUAAUGAGAGACGACCAAUGACUGAAAUUCCAUCUAGACAACCAGAUAGCCGAUUUAUGAAAAUGUUAAAUGUUAAUGAUAGAGUAAAUGAAAAUAGUGGACCAGAUUACACAAAACAAGGACAGUCACGUCCAAUCGAAACAGGAAGGAUUAGGACUCAAAUGUCUAAUAAAGUAUACCCCGAUUCUGUUAGGUAUCCAUUAAAUCGUCCCAAAAGUGAUAAAUAUGCUGCUUCUCAAGCAGAAGAUAUUCUAGAGAAUGUAGAACAGACUGAAGAUUUCGGUGAUAUUACCACAGAUGUUCCUAUAGUACGUGGUCGUUUACCUUCAAAAGUACCUAGUGCCGAAUACAGUGAUUCUGGUGAUAAUGUUGAUAAAUCAGUAUCACAAAGCCGGUUACCCUACAGGCAAGAAUCCAUAACUACUAGACCAGAGACUUCAAAACGUCCUGGAUUAUAUAGUAGAUAUAAUCAAACUACAGUUAGUCCACAAACGUCUUCAACAUAUACACCUGAACCCACGCGUUACAACAAAUUUGAUGAAAAUUACACAACGCGAUCUCCAAUAACUCAGAAUGGAAAACAUACAAUAUUUCAACAGCAGCCUAUUGUUACUAACUUACCUUCUAGUCAAAAAGAAACUGGUUAUCAGUAUCUACCACCACAGAAGAAAUUUGAGCAAACUGCAAGUAAAUCUCCUCUUCAAUUACAAGAAGUAACAAAAACACCUUCCAACUAUUACGGAAAUAAAGACGGUGAAAUAAAUAUAAAACCCUUUACAACACCCAGCGUGAGUCGUGAUGAAAUACAAGACAAUGACUAUGAUCACUAUCCAGAAGAAGAAGAAGAUCACGGUUCAUCUGUUAUCACUAAACCAAACUUUAAGCCUAUUUUAAAUCAAAAUCAACAAACGUCAUUUACUCAGCAAAAAUAUCAGAAUUUAAAUAAAAAUAAUGGUCCAGAAUAUAACGGGCAAGAAGGAACACCUUACAGAGACGAUGGCAAUAGAGAUACUCAAAAUAUAUAUUCAGGACAAACUAAUAUACAGGCAGGUACUUCCCGUCGUCCUUCUUACCAAGGAACACAAACAACAAGCAGACCACAGCAAUUCCGUCCUACAGUAAAUGUUGAAACAGUACAAGAUAUAAGAAAACAAAGGCCUGGCCAAGAUAAUUACUUUGUUGAAAAAUAUGCAGACAAACCUAAAGAUUCAUUUGGAUUGACGCCUUCAACUGCCUCAACGCCAAUUCAGAAUACAUUCAUUAAGAUGACCAGUGCAGGAAUUCAAAGACCUGGCCAAAACAUCCAGGUAAAUGAUGCAGAAAGCAGCAAGCGUCCAGGUCAGCAGGAGUAUGGAUUUACUACUAAAAUGCCUUCUCAAUAUUAUUACACUACUGAAGGUAAUAAAAAUAUUCCAUCAAUCUCGCAGAAAACUACAUACCGACCACUGGGAACCACAGCUUCUGAAAUAGAUAACUAUUCCAAUACCUCAGAUUUUGGAACAACAUUGAAACCAGCAUCAAAAUUACCUGGUAGAUUCAGCACUCCUCAAGGCCAACUUCCUAGUACCACCUACAGACCUCCAUUUACGUUUACAGAAGGUGUAAAUGAACAAGUUGAUGAUAUUACACCUGGUUCGAAUAAAGUUAACCAAUACAAUCAAGGAAUUGAAAGCACUUCAACAUACAGACCUAAUUAUGUGGGACAAGAUAUAGUUUCUAGUAAACCAGUAUACCAAAGUUCUGAUGAUAGAAAAACCACGGAAUAUAAGCCAGGCGUUGAUAGAUUUGAGACUCCCGUAAACUUCCCCAUAAAAGGAGUUCCAUCCACGGCUGCACCAUACAGAAUUAGGCCAACAACACAAAAGGUCAUCGGUGAAGAUUUCUCUGGACCCAAACAGGCCCAAAAAUUCGAUCCGAAGUAUGGAUAUUAUUAUUGA